AUGACGUCACUUAUGUCAUCAAAUGUGUCCUCAAAUGCGUCACUGGAAACGUCAACGUCGGCGAUUGACCGCCAGUUCUGGGAUUACUUCGAGAUGGCGGAUGAGAGGCAUAACAUUACCUGGGAGGAGGUUUCGGGGCGCCAGCAGGGCGCCGUGCUGAGUGCGUAUGGAGUUCUAAUGGGCGUUGGAGCUGUAGGCAACGUGGUCGUGCUGGCAGCGUUGGCUGGAGCGAGACGCCGGCGCUCACGCGUCGACAUGCUCAUGACGCAUCUAGCAGUCGCUGACGUGUGCGUCACCUGUGGAGUCAUACCUUUAGAGAUCGGCUGGAAGUACACCAACGCGUGGCUGGUCGGUAACCUUCUGUGCAAGGUGCUGCUUGUGAUGAGGGCCUUCGGACUCUACCUCUCCUCCAACGUGCUCGUCUGCAUUUCCAUUGAUAGGUUCUUUGCAGUGCUGUACCCCUUAAAGCUGUCCGUAGCGAGAAGAAGAAGCAAGCAAAUGCUGUACGCUGCUUGGGCCAUUGCUUUGGCGUGCAGCUUACCACAGAGCGUAGUGUUCCGGGUGAUGCACCACCCGUACGUAGCGGGCUUCACCCAGUGCGUGUCGUUCGACGCGUUCGCGAGCGCGCGGCUCGAGCUUGCGUACAACAUGUUCUGUCUGUGCGCGAUGUACUUCGCUCCGCUCCUCAUCAUCAGCGUGUGCUACGUGUGCAUCUUCUGCGAGAUACGGCGCAGCAGCAACGACCUGCAAGAAAAGUGCGUGCACAAUGGCACCAGCGUGCAUUUGCGGAGGUCGGACCGGCGCGUCCUGGAAAGGGCCCGCCGGAGGACGUUACGGAUGACCGUCAUCAUCGUCACAGUGUUUGCGCUGUGCUGGCUGCCAUACGCCACCAUGGCCAUGUGGUACAUGAUAGACCGUGAGUCUGCAUCGCGGGUGUCGCCUCAGAUCCAAGACCUGCUGUUCGCGAUGGCGGUGUCUAACUCGUGCAUGAAUCCGCUUGUCUACGGCUCGUACGCACUGCGGCUCAGCGGCACCGUCCAGCGGCUAUUGAAGAGCUCCUGCUGCUGGGCUUCACCCACGACUGACACAGCUGGUCACUCAGGUUCGACUUCAACUAAGAACCGCAGGAACACUCCGGGCGCCUGUCUCGCCGCGACGCCUACCAAGAACGGGCGCGUAAGGCCGCGUCUAGGCGUGCGUUUUGCGGAGACCUCGCUCACAGCCGUGCCCGAGCGCUUAGAGGUCCCAAAACCGCGCGGGCCCGCCUGA